GGCGAAGCGACGAAUCGUCUAUCAUAUUUACUGAUACUGUUAAUGCUUUCAGUUUCUUAAGUCAUGGGUGAAGAUAAAGGUAUUUAACUGUAUUUCUUGUUUUUUAAAUAUUAGUAACUAAAUUUUAGUGUGUAAAUUAUUUUCACGUUAUAGAUAGACGACGCAGGUCUCGUUCAAGAGAGAGACGAAGAACAAGAUCCCGUUCAAGGGAUCGAAGAGAAAAAAGAAGAAGUAAGUCCAGAUCUCCGUCUAAAAGAUCCCGUCGCCGUAAGCCCUCAUUGUACUGGGAUGUACCACCACCAGGUUUUGAACACAUUACGCCUCUGCAGUAUAAAGCCAUGCAGGCUGCCGGACAAAUACCAGCAAACAUCGUUGCAGAUACUCCUCAAGCAGCAGUCCCUGUUGUUGGAUCAACUAUAACGCGACAGGCCCGAAGACUAUAUGUCGGCAAUAUACCAUUUGGAGUUACAGAGGAGGAAACAAUGGAGUUUUUCAACCAACAGAUGCACCUUUCAGGAUUAGCUCAAGCAGCUGGCAAUCCUGUUUUAGCUUGUCAAAUUAAUUUGGACAAAAAUUUUGCAUUCCUUGAAUUCAGAUCUAUUGAUGAGACUACCCAAGCUAUGGCUUUUGAUGGGAUUAAUUUCAAGGGUCAAAGUUUGAAAAUUCGACGACCCCACGACUAUCAACCUAUGCCUGGUACAGAAAACCCAGCUAUAAACGUGCCAGGUAUGUUUAAAUAUGAUUCUGAUUACCUUAUUUACACAAAAUUAUUUAUCAAACAAAUUAUUUUUGGAGUGGGUGUUUAAAAUCGUAUAUAUUUAUUAUAUCAGGCGAAGGACUAACUAUAUAUUAGAUACCGCUGUAGUAUAGCAUCACUUGACACAACAUCAUAAUAUAUAGUGUAGUCAUGGGCAUUUUUGGAUUUGAAUGCAAAUGGAUAUUUAUCCAAUUUUAGAUAUCAAAAUCCGAUUUCAGUAGUGCUUAGUCAAGCUAAUUUGUUUGCGUAUUUAGAUUUCGUUUUAGAAGUUAACGAAGCGACAAAUGCAAAUGCAAUAUAGAAACUGAUUUGCGCGAUUAUCCUUUAUGCUUUAAUCUAGGCUUAGGACUAGCAGAAAAGUUUUGUAUGAAAUCAAAACUUAUCUGGCACAUUUUAAAAUCUGCAUAAUAUUUACAAUGUUUUCUUAAUAUAUUUUUUAUUUCCUAAAUCUGUACUUGUCUUUUGCAGCAAAUAAAUUAAAGCGUGAGAUUGUUUUAAAUAAGCUUCUAGAUUACCCAUUAUAGAUUUAUAUGAUAUAUUUUGACUACAUUAUUUAUACACUGCAACUCUAGAAGUUCUUUGUUUAAAUGAGUCCAUACCUCACUGGAUAUCUUUAAAAUCAAAACAGUUCUCGUCUAAUCAAUUAAAAAGGCUAAACAAUAAUUUAAAAUUUUGUACAGCCGACUUCAAUAUAAGUUAUUAAGAAUAACUCCAAUAACUCAAAAACUAUUGGUCUGACCUUGAUCCAUAUGGGACCACACGAGAAGUAUCAGCUUUUAUAUAAAAAAAGAAUCAUCGAAAUCGGUCCACCCAGUAAAAAGUUAUGAGGUAACACAUAUAAAAAAAAACAUGCGUCGAAUUGACUACCAUCUCCUUUUUGGAAGUCGGCAGAAAAGACUUGGUAGUCAAAAUAAUAAAAAAUAAUUAAAUGUUAUAUAAAAUUACUUAUAUAUGUUUAUAGUCACACACAAUUCACUUAGUUAACUUAUUUUUUUUACUUUAAACUGCUAAACAAACAGGCAAUAAACAUACUUGUAAUUACAACAUAUCCUGUAAUUCAUUGAUAUGACUGACCAGCAUGCACACACUUGUCACCAAGGUCAAAUUUGCAUCUUAACAAAAGCAACAUGAAAACAGAAGAUUAUUUAUAGUAAACAAACACUAAUCUAAAAACCAAAAUAAAUCGUCCAACAAUCUCGCAAAUAUAGUCUUUAACAACUUAAUAAUAAGAAUGAUAUUGAUUGCAUAUUUCAGAGAUUCUGGUAAGCAAACGUAAGCAUGGAACCAAAAUUCAUCAACACAUAAUCUCACAAAGCAAAUAUAGACUUGAAGUACUUAGAAAUAAAGAUAAUAUUGAGUGCAUAUUUCAAUGUGCAAUAGAUUUUCAUAGCCGACAUACCAAAAUCUAAAUCCUAAAUAUGUCAUGUUUGGUUAGAAAGAGAGAAACUGAGAAAGCGGAUUUCUAUGCAUCAGUUUGCGUUUGGAUUUGGGUAUUGUCGAUUUGUAUUCGUUUUGUGGUACAGAUUGUAAGAUCUAUAUGUCAAUUUUUGAAAUUGGAUUUUCUAGUUUGAGAAAUCGAUAUGUUUCGAUUUAUGUUUGAAAUCGGAUUUUACAUUCGUUUUGAUAUAUCUGACACAUGCCUAACAUAGUGUUCAUUAUUUAUGUAAUCUUUAAGAUCAUCUGACAACAUAAUAAUAAUUUAAAGUAUCUAUAAUUGACACUGAUUCAAACUUCGGACGAACCAUGAGCUCACAAAAGAAUGCUAGAUAUUGUAAUUGAGUAAUAUAGAUUUAUCCACUAUGAUUCUUUGUUGUAGAAUAUACUCAUUUUAGGGUAUCAUAGAUAUUAACCAAUAUGUAUAAAUAUACUUAGAUAUUAUAAUUUACAAUUUAACUGUAAAUUUAAGCAGACCAAAUCUGUCAAAAUUGCAUAUCACUAUGUAGGAGUGAUGUAUGUAAACUGCCCUCACGAUACAGGAGAAAAUCCUAGUGUGGAGGAAACAAAAAAUAAAGUACAAAUUUCCUUACAGUUACAAAAUUAUGUAGAUAUUAUCUGAUACAUAGAUAUUGAAAUAUAUAGAUUCAGUAUAUGAUAUUCAAUACAUAGAUACAAUUUGAUAUAAGGUAAGAUUGAGAGCAGAAUCGCACUAUGUCUAAUGUUUCAUAAUUUAUAUUGCAGCUGGUGUUAUUAGUACAGUUGUACCAGAUUCACCCCAUAAAAUAUUUAUUGGUGGUUUACCCAACUAUCUUAAUGAAGAUCAAGUAAGUGUAUUAUUUUUUUUAAUAAUAUUACAAAUGUCUAAUAUUUCUAGAUUUAAUAUAUUAAAAUAAACAUGAAUCAAAAUUUUAUACAUUUUAGUAUUAUCUUUCAAAUUAUAUUACAUUUAUGAAAUAGUAAUAUUGGCAUUCCUUCAGGACGACCUAACCUUAGCAAUGUACUUGUGAAAGCCUGUUAUGAUGAUAAUUAUUGAACAUAAUAUUUAUAGCAUAUUGUUUUGUAAUGUUCAAUACUUACAUUUUAUGAAUAAUAUUGCAUUUAUGACAAGUCUAGGAUGUCAAAACUAAUGAUUUUAAAAAUUCAACAUAAAAAUACAAAAAUUAUGUUUUUCAGAUGAUGUUCCAUCUUUUGUUCAGCCAUCUGUGAUGAAGCUUUUACAUAAUUUAAUAUUGUUACUUAUCUAGAAAAUAUUGCAAUUACAUUGAAAGAUUUAAACACUCUGUUACAAAUGGAGCGGGAAAUACAUAAUAAUAUUUGCAGGGCACUACCAUGCUCAAAAUAAAUAAGUUUCUUUUUGCUGUCGGGUAGAAUUAAGACAUGAACAUUUAUAUGAAAUCAGUUUUUAUUGACAUUUAUUAUCUAGAAACAAGAGAUGUCCAUCAAAAACCCAUCACUGAUGUGUCCAUUAUAUUUAUAGGUACACCUACAUUAAGAUAAAUAGAAAUAUUACAAAACUAUAGACAUUAGUAAUGUUAUACAAGUUGCAUUGACAUACAAUAUUUUUUUACAAUAUUGUAGUAAUAAGUGGAAUAGUUACAUUACACAUGUCGUAUAUAUUCAGAGAUGCUAAUGCAAGGACAGAGUUGACACGCCUACUGAACAUGCACAAGGACACUAAAACACCUAUUGGAAAGGCAAUAUUCUCAUUACAUUUUUUAAGUAAUAAUAUGCAAUAAUAUAUGCCUGGGGCACGCCUGUGCCCCACACAUGUAAUGGAGUGUUAAUUGCAAUGAAAGUGAAACAUUUAUUACUUGCAGUAUUUCCUAGAUUUAUUGAAUAUAGGCUAUGAAUAUAACAUCAAACAAAUGACAUAUUUUAGAAGGUUUAGAUAGUUCCCAUUAAAAAGAUCUAGAGGCCGCUGCCAUUUUCAGGACGAGAUUCAACAGUUGACAGGGCUAUGGUGCAGCAAGCAGUGAAUCGCGUUAUAUUUUGGUCCCUUUCAGGUAUUUUCAGGUACUCAUAACGGAUGAGCGUGUGCGUUUCACGCUCAAAAUAUUUUGAAACAAGUCACUGAUAGUUUGCUUUCUGCCCCUCCCUAGCAUAGAUUUGGCACAUUCGCGGCCCGCGUGUCACUGUUGUCUCUCAUUCUCAUCUAUACGUCUUGUACUUGAAUGAGACAUCGGCACUUCAAGGCAAGUCUCUUCCGUUCACAUCUGAUUUUAAUAUGCGGCUAGACACAGGUCAGAUUGCAUUAAUUUAUAUGUAUGCUGCAAUUUGCUAAGCAAAUGUUAACGGGAACAAUAAAUUAUCUGAAAAUGUAAUAGUUGUGUAAUAAUUAAUAAAUAUAUAUAUAUGUGUAUAAUAAACAAUUGUAUUAUGUAUGCACUCUAUUAUAAUAUACCAUAUUAGACUAACCUAUAUUUGUGUGAAACAGGUAAAAGAGCUUCUGAUGUCAUUUGGACAGCUUCGAGCUUUCAAUUUGGUGAAAGACUCCUCUACUGGUCUUAGUAAGGGGUAUGCAUUUGCUGAAUAUGUGGAUAUUUCUAUGACAGAUCAGGUAAAUAUUAUUGCCUGCAUCAUUUUUUAAUUGUUUAAAUAAAACCACUAAAUUUUUUUUAAAACCCAAUUAUUUUAAUAGGCAAUUGCAGGAUUAAAUGGUAUGCAAUUGGGUGACAAGAAGUUGAUUGUCCAACGAGCUAGCAUUGGAGCCAAGAACUCAACUUUAGCGAUGACUGGAGCUGCACCAGUGACUCUGCAAGUAGCAGGUCUGACGUUGGCUGGAGCCGGUCCAGCCACAGAAGUACUGUGCCUCCUCAAUAUGGUCACACCAGACGAACUCCGUGAUGAAGAAGAAUAUGAAGAUAUCCUUGAAGAUAUUAAGGAGGAGUGCAAUAAGUAUGGAUGUGUUCGUAGCAUUGAAAUACCGCGACCUCUGGAAGGCGUAGACGUACCAGGCUGUGGAAAGGUAUUCGUCGAGUUCAACAGUAUUGCGGAUUGUCAAAAAGCUCAGCAAACACUUACGGGUCGUAAAUUCAGUAAUCGUGUAGUGGUCACAUCGUACUACGAUCCCGACAAGUAUCAUCGCAGAGAAUUCUAAAUUGCAUCACUCAACCCACACAUUUCUUUUCAUAAAUAAAAUCCGUAAAACUGACAUUUUCAUCAUAGUGAUUUAAUUUUAAAUAUCUAAUGUAUUGAAAGUGGAAAUAAAGUAAAGAUACUUAU